GCAGAAGGGAGUUUUGAGAAGAGGGAGCGAGUCAUCCCCUCGCCGGCAUUGUGAUUUUGGGUACAGUCUAAGGAGAGAGGGAAAGAAGAAGAACAGGAGCUGAAGUCUCCGCAUUGGACAGGUCAUGGAUAGCGGUGAGGCCAGGCUCAACGCUGACCCUCCAGAUGGGGCCCUGCAGGAGGAGGACGAGGAGUUUGACGGCGGUUGCGUGGAGGCAGCGGCACAGCUGGAGGUGGGGUGUAUUGAGGAGGCGGACUUCUUCGAGGACUGCAUGGAGGAGUUCAGGGUUCAGUUUGAAGAGUGCAUAGACAAGCUAGGGGCCCACUUCAAAGGGUACACGGAUGACACAGGGGAUGAGUUUGAGGAUUGCGAGGAGGACCUGGCGACCCAUUCUACGGCCGGUGUGGACGACCUGGCCGCAGAAAUCGAGGCGUGCAUGGCACAGCUGGGGAUCCAGCUGGAGGGGUGCGCGGAAGAUUCCGGGCCCCAGGUCCAGGGCCUCACUGAGCAGGCCUGGGGCAGCAAGGACAUUAUGGCCUGGUCGCAACCUGUGGAGCCCUUGGGCUCUUGGCCAGAGGAAUACGUGGAGGACCUGGGGAGCCAGCUUAAGGGGCGUCUGGAGGAGGUGCAUGCACAUUGUGAGGGCGGAGUGAGAGAGCUGGGCGUUCGGUUUACGGAGAGCAUCGAGGAGGUGGCUCGGCUGGAGCAGCGUCGGGACCAGCUGGUGAAGGAGCUCCUGCAGCUGGAGGAGCCCAUGGCCCAGGCAGUGCAGGCCCUGCGGGCAGAGGCGGGGGAGCUCCACAGGCUGCUCGCUCGGGCACAGCUGGAGAGGUGGAACCUGCAGGAGGAGAGGCGGCAGGUCAAGAGGCAGCUGUUCGCCGUGGCCAGGGACUGCACCCAGAGCCGGGUCACCCUGGCGACGCAGCAGCACGAGGUGGAACAGUUCACCGUCAUACAGGGUGAGCUCCAGGCUCAGGCUCAGCUGCUCACAGAGGAGAUGGCCCAACUGAGGGAGGCCCAGCAGAACAGCCUGAACGCCCUGCGGAGCCGACUGGACAGCCUGAGCCUGGAGCGGAUGCAGGGAGACCCAUCCCAGCGCCGGCAGGCCCCCUGGGACCUGAGCAGCUACCUGCAGGAUGGGAUGAAGGCUCUGGAGGAGCAGUACGAACCGCGGCUGCAGGCCCUGCUGAAGAGGAAGCAGGCUGCUGCCGACGCCCUGCUGGGCACCAGGGCCGAGACCCAGGAGCUGAGGGCCCGUCUGGGGCCCCUGAGAGAGGAGGCGCAGAGACAGGGCCUCCAGAGGACAUGCCUGGAAGAGAAGAUCACUCUGAAGCGGCGGGAGAGGGAGGAGAGAGUGGCGCAGUACAGGGACACUGUAGACUCACUGGAGGAGAGCAGCAGAGAACUCAAGACAGAACUCCAGAUUCAGAGGAAGAAAAACGAGGAAAUCCAAACCUGGAACGACAGCCUUGUAAAAGAACUGGACCUUUACCGGGGCUCAACUGAACUCUGUGGAAAGCUUAAUCCCCCCACCCAGGGAACAUAACUGAAGCAAACUCCUUCAAGAAGCCAUUUUGCCUGAAAUCUGUUUUUCUUUGGUUUGCAAACUGUAAAAAAUGUGGUUUUCAUAAUCCACCACUGUAAGACAAGCCAGUCAAGGGACAUGUGUGGUGUGAUGAUGCACCCAAAAAUAGAUAGGAAAAAAAACAUGUUUAUUAUUUGAAUGCAUUUUAUACAACUGGUUUGAAAGGGAAAUGGGAGACAAAGAAAUCACAUUAAUAUCACAACACGAACGAAAGGGACCCUUACAGAUAAUAAAGCAGAAAAAAGUUGACUAAUAAAGAUUCAGAAAAUACAAAGCCUCUCAGGGAGAUUUAAACCCCCCAUUUUAUGCAGUGAGAGAUAAACAGCCAUUUCAGCUUAUGCGCUCGCAAGAGAAAGGAGAUUCUUUGCUUAUCAGUAAGUCGGCAAUUGCUGAUUUUAUGGGUCUUCUUUUAAAAAAAACGACCGUUUUCCUCUCCAGUGUAUGCAGUUUUUCAUAGAAAAAAAACAAAACAAAAAACAAAAUCAAUAUGUGGCUGUUAAGAACUCUACUUGUCCUUCACUGACUGCCAGGGAAACAAGCUCCAGUUCAUCUAUUAAUACUGGGAUCCAUUGCUCUAAUGAGCAAAGAAAUGCUUUGAUCUUUAAUUAACCACAAAGCUUAAAUAUCAAACAGCCCUAGGGGAAAAGGAGCUUACACUGGUUUUUAACAGCGAGCGCAUGCUCUCCAUUUCCCUCCGAAACAGCAAGAGCAACUGAUGGUUCUUUUUUUUUUAAUUAAAAAAAUAUGUUUUUAUAUUCUAGUAGAAAACUGUUGGGGGGAGGGGGCUACCAAUAAAUUAUUCUUGUACUUUGUAAA